AGGCCUCAGGACUACCCAAUUACUCGCUAGCUCGCGACUACUGCAGCUGGGAAAGCUGCUCCAGGCUAGGACCUUUUUCUGACGCUGCUGGCUAACAGGAUGUGUGACAGAAAUAGUGGAAGACGGCUCCGGCAGUGGCUGAUUGAACAAAUUGACAGUAAUAUGUAUCCUGGACUCAUCUGGGAAAAUGAGGAGAAAAGCAUGUUUCGGAUCCCUUGGAAACAUGCUGGCAAGCAGGAUUAUAAUCAGGAGGUGGAUGCUUCUAUUUUCAAGGCCUGGGCAGUUUUUAAAGGAAAGUUUAAAGAAGGUGACAAAGCUGAACCAGCCACUUGGAAGACGAGGUUACGCUGUGCAUUGAACAAGAGUCCUGAUUUUGAGGAGGUGACAGACCGAUCCCAAUUGGACAUUUCUGAGCCAUACAAAGUUUACCGCAUAGUUCCUGAAGAAGAGCAAAAAUGCAAAAUAGGGAUGCCAAACAGCAGCUCUUCUAGUGAAGUUGCUGACAUGAAUUGCAGUCGAUCUGAAUUAGAGGAUCUGAUGAAAGAGCCCAUGGUAGAUGAAUACCUUGGUAUAAUUAAAAGGAGCCCUUCACCCCAGGAGGCCUGUAGGAGCCAGCCAAUUCCAGACUGGUGGAUCCAGCAAUCCAGCACAGCCAUGCCUUUGAUGACUGGGUACCCUGCUUAUGAAUCUCACCAUCCAGCUUACUCCCUGAUGGUGAUCUCUUUUUAUUAUGGAGGAAAAUUAGUGGGCCACACUACCACUUCCUACCCUGAAGGCUGCCGGAUCUCCCUGAGCCUCCCUCCUCAGCACCUGGAGAAGAUGUAUGGUUCCGAAAGUUUGGAGCUCAUUUGCUUCCCGCCGGCAGACUUCAUCCAGAAUGACCGUCAGAAGCAGGUCACCAAGAAACUCUUUGGUCACCUGGAGCGUGGAGUCCUGUUACACAGCAACAAAAAUGGUGUUUUCAUUAAGAGAUUGUGCCAAGGGAGAGUCUUCUGCAGUGGAAACUCCAUGAUGUUUAAGGACAGGCCCAACAAAUUGGAACGGGAUGAAGUGGUCAAAAUUUUUGACACAAACCAGUUUUUCAGGGAACUGCAGCAGUUUUACAACAACCAAAGUCAGUUUCCUGACAGCAGAGUGAUGUUAUGCUUUGGUGAAGAGUUCCCUGACAUGACUCCAUUGCGUUCCAAACUCAUCCUUGUUCAGGUGGAGCAGCUUUAUGUAAAAAAACUGAGGGAUGACAUUGGAAAAAAUUGCAGCAAUGGCCUUAUGCUGCAGACUCCAGAGGAUAUGGCCCAGUCUGAGCAAAUCUUCAGAUUCCAGGAUAUCUGCGGACCCCAUCAAAGGCCCUUUUUUAGAGAAAAUCAGCAGAUCACUGUCUAGAGAACUCUUGUGUCUCUCCCCUAUCCCAGUGGGCCCUCCACCUCUUAUCCCAUUUCCCAUCAUUGUAGUAGUAGUAAUAUUGUUCUAGGGGUUUUGGGGAGGAGGAUUCUGUGGGGCAUUCAUUUGGGGAGAAAUAUUUUUGUCAAGUCCUUUAUAAGCCAAAGUCUUGAAAAAAUGAAGUUUGAAAGAAAAAUGGAGUCACCUCUCUAGCCACUCAUUGAUGUAUUUGGGUAUCUGGGACAGAACUGCCCAGAUCUGUAAAUAUUGUAAAGACAAUCUACUAUUUUCUGCAUUUGGUUUGAUUGUCAUUUGCACUGAAUUUUUUUUUCCUUCUGCAUCUCGAGAUUACUGAUAUUCCCAGUGUCUAGGAAUUGCUGUACAAAUAUUCAGUGUCGGCAGCCUAAAUAGUUGAGCAAUGCACUUAAUGAGGAAGACCUGAAUUAAAACCCGGCCUUAGAUAUUUACUACCUAUGUGGCUGUGAGUGAGAACUUGACAUCCCUCAGCCUCAGCUUUCUUAUUUCUCAAAUGGGGCUAAUAUAGCUUCUAUCUCACAGUAUAAGCAGUUUGCAAACUAUAUAAACUCUAAUGUUUAAGCUGUUUGUAAACACUGGUUAAUAGUAUCAAAGAACAUCUGAGUAGGACAUUUUGGUGAUUGUCAGUCACCAGUAGCCAAGCUUUUGUUUUAUUCAUUCUUUUAUUUCAAUGCCAUUCAAGAAACAUUCAUGAAGUGCCUUUUUUUUGGGUAAGGCACUGUGCUAGGCCCAAAGAAUACCAAAAACCUUCCAAUAAACAAGUCAAAAUGGGCCUGCCUUCAAGGAAUUUACAUUUUCCAGUAGUUAAAUCUGUACACCUGUGGCUACCCAUACUGAUUUCUGGAUGGAAGUGCCUUUUCAUUUUUAAAGCAUUUUAAUAGGGAUUGUAGAUUUUUGAGACACUAGCCCCUAUCAUAUCAGAAGAUUGUUGGAGGUACAGUAGAAAGUGGGUCUGACCAGGAGUCACAAGGCAUGGAUUCUAAUGUCAGCUCUUGACUUUACCGUAACCUCAUUAGUUGUAUGUAUUUCUUUAUUUUUAAAAUGGAUGAUGGUGAAUUAGAUAUUUGAAAGACCCUUUUAACUCCCCCAUUCUGUGCUCUACGAACUCCAUUCCUCUCUAAAAAAUCUGCUCUGAUCUUUUUAAAAGCCCUACUUCAUUAUGUUAUUUCAGGCAAAUUACUUCACUUUUCCUUCAUUUCUAAGGGUCCUUCUUAUUUCUAAUUCUUAUAAUGUAAGAAGCCAUUCUAAUGCCUACUAUGUACUAGGUGUUCAGCACUGGGAAGAUUGGUGCUUUUCUGAUCUCAAUGUGAAAUCCUCAGCACUACCUUUUCCCUAACUUUAUAUCCUUCCCUUCGGUUCUGAGUGAAGGGAGAGUGUAGGGGCUAUCUUUCCAUGAUAUCCUUAGCCUCUUUUUAUUCUCAUCUCUUUGUCUGGUUUUAAGAAUAGGCACAGAACCCUGGGAUACAUAUAUGUAUAUUUGCAUUGUGUAUAAAUAAUAGAUAUAAAAAACACAUCAACAAGGAUUUUUACAGAUCACAGUUAAAUUGAAGCAAUUACUGGGGAGCUCUGAUUUAAAUUUGAAUAACCAAAGAAAAAUAAUUCACUUUUUUUUUCUACUGGCAUAUUUUUGGGGGCAAUGGGAAAAUAUUUUGUGGUUUAAGGAGCAGAGUAAGACAUAUAGUUCUGUAUGUAUAUGUAUAUAAAGGACUACACCACUAGCAAAAAAGGCUUUGUAAUGCUUGAAAAUGAGAUUUUAACAUUAAAAAUAAUCAAACCUGUUUUAAAAGUCUGAUGUAAAGUAAUAGCAGAUUCCAAUCUGUGUUCUUUUCAGCUCAAAAUGAAUGUCAAAAUGUACAUCUUUAAUGUGCUAAAUGAAUAUUUAUUUUAUGUCCAUUUAAAAAGUAGCUUGGUUCCCUCUUUUUUUCUCCUCACUCUGGCCUUGCAAAUAAAAUGUUAUAUUUUGUAUUGA